ACGUGCGGAUACAGCCACGAGCAGCACCUUGAAAAUAUAUCAUCCAACGUGGGACACUAGAGGACGAUAAUGAGAAGUAUCCAGAUGUGCUACGCCAAAAGCUCUUCCAGUGCUGUGCUGGUGUUUGCCUGGACAUUCCUCUGGGCAGGGACUCUAAACUUGUCCGCGGGAAUAACGGCUAAAGCGGCUACCUCACCGGCAACUCCAACCGACAACUACGAUUACUACGAAUAUUAUGGUGACUACGCAUACGAAGACGCCUGCCACAACUGGCAGACCUACAUACAAGAAAGUCAUUUGGAGAUGGGAACGGUUGGCGAGCCAAGCAUACUAAGGUGUCCUUUCUCGGAAUGUUGGGAUGGCUACACAACCACCUGGUACCGUAACGGCGUUGAGCUUAAACUGGAUUCAACAACGGGGGAAAUCGCACAGAGCGGUGAUGCAGGUGAACAGCUGCAAUUCCCACGACUUCGGCAAGAGGACGCUGGCUCGUACACCUGUCAAAUGUCUAACGGGACCCACACGUUUGUCGGAAACAUCCACCUAGAGGCUACAAACCCUCCCUCCAUUACACCGCCCUCGAUGGACCCUGUCGACCCUCCCAAGCUACAGAGGAGUGUGGGAGAAAACGCCACGUUCGUCUGCAGGGCGUCCUACGGCGUCAUCGGCCCCGCCACGUUCCCCCAGCUGUACUGGGUCAAGAACGACACCUUCGUCAGCGACAACGGUAGAGUGGUCCUUCGCCGUACUAGCAGGAGAUGA